UUGUAGCAACCCGGACGUGUUUUGUGGUUGCUCCGGCCGGAUACACGUGUGUAUAGGAGUGUGUUUGUGUGUAUCGGUGCGUGUUUAUCUGUAUUUGCGGGGUUAAACCAUCAUGCUGAAGUCUAAGACGUUUGUGAAGAAGACGCGCUCGGGCGGGGUGCUGAAGAUCGUGCGCGAGCAUUAUCUGCGGGAUGAUAUCUGGUGCGGGAGUGAGGUGUGCGUGGAGUGCGGGGACGGAGCUCCUGUGCUGCUGCGGGACCCCCGGAUAGAGAGCGACCUGUGUACUUACCCACACUACCUCCUCCCAGAUACUAAUGUAGUACUGCACCAGAUCGAUAUACUUGAAGAUCCUUUGAUCAGGAACGUGAUCAUCCUUCAGACGGUUCUACAGGAAGUCCGACACAGAAGCGCGCCGGUGUACAAGCGCAUCAAAGAUGCCAUUCAUGACAAAGAGAAGCAUUUCUACACCUUCACCAACGAACAUCACAGAGAGACGUUUAUCGAGCGGGAGCAGGGAGAGAGCGCCAACGACCGCAACGAUCGGGCCAUCCGUGUGGCGGCUAAAUGGUACACAGAUCACCUGAGUAAAGCCCCGAAUGUAGGAGAGCUGAAGGUGGUGCUGCUGACCAACGACCGAGCCAACAAGGAGAAAGCUGAGCAGAGCGGCCUGCUGGCCUACAGAUGUGAGGAGUACAUUAAGAGCCUGAUUGGUAAUCCUGAACUGGUGGACAGGCUGGCGCUGGCGUCUGAUGAUCAGAAUGAUAUAACGGGCAGUAAGCUGCUGUUCCCGGAACACCUGCCACUGUCCAGGAUCCAGGCGGGCAUUAAGAGCGGCACCUUCCUGCAGGGCACCUUCCGCGCCAGCCGAGACAACUACCUGGAGGCCACGGUCUUCAUCCACGGGGACGGAGAGGACAGCACUGAGGUUCUACUGCAGGGGCUCCAGAACCUGAAUCGGGCCGUGCACCAGGACCUGGUCGCCAUUGAGCUUUUCCCUAAAGAGCGCUGGGUCGCCCCCUCCUCAGUGGUGCUGCAGGACGAUCGGCCCAAUGAUGAAGAUGCAGAAGAAGAGGAUGCCGAGAAGAAGUUGGAGAGCACAGUGUCGGACACCAGUGUUCUGAAACCCACGGGCAGGGUGGUGGGGAUUAUCAAGAGGAACUGGCGACCAUUCUGCGGGAUGCUCAACCAAUCACAGAUCAAAGAGGCCACCAGGCACCUCUUCACUCCAGCAGACAGACGCAUCCCCCGGAUUCGAAUCGAGACUCGACAGGCCUCCACGCUGGUGGGUCAGAGGAUCAUCGUGGCGAUCGAUGGAUGGCCGAGAAAUUCCAGAUAUCCCAAUGGUCACUUUGUGAGGAACCUGGGUGGAGCUGGAGAUAAAGACACAGAAACAGAGGUUCUUCUUCUAGAGCAUGAUGUUCCACACCAGCCUUUCUCCCAGGCUGUGCUCAGCUUCCUACCCAAAAUGCCCUGGGGCAUUACUGAGGAGGAUUUGAAGGUGAGGACGGAUCUGAGACACUUGUGCGUGUGCAGCGUGGAUCCUCCUGGCUGUACGGAUAUCGAUGACGCCUUGCACUGCCGUGACCUGGAGAAUGGAAAUCUGGAGGUCGGUGUCCACAUAGCAGACGUCAGCCAUUUUAUUCGUCCAGGAAACGCGCUGGACCAGGAGGCGGCCAACAGAGGCACCACAGUCUACCUGUGUGGAAAGAGGAUUGACAUGGUUCCAGAGCUCCUGAGCUCCAAUCUGUGUUCUCUGCGCUCCAAUGUGGAGAGGUUGGCGUUCUCCUGUAUCUGGGAGAUGAACCACAAUGCUGAAAUCCUCAAUACGCGUUUCUGCAAAAGCAUCAUCAAUUCCAAGGCUUCUCUGACGUACGCCGAAGCUCAGAUGAGAAUCGAUGAUGCCGGCAUGAACGAUGACAUCACCACGAGCCUGCGGGGGCUGAACAAGCUAGCCAAGAUCCUAAAGGCACAGCGAAUCGAAAAAGGGGCUCUGACUCUGUCCUCUCCGGAGGUUCGAUUCCACAUGGACAGCGAGACUCACGACCCCAUAGAUCUUCAGACCAAAGAGCUGAAAGAAACGAACUCAAUGGUGGAAGAGUUCAUGUUGCUGGCGAACAUCUCAGUGGCACAGAAGAUCUACGACGAGUUCUCUGAAUGCGCCCUGCUCAGAAAACACCCCUCACCCCCACCAUCCAACUACGAUAUCCUUAUCAAAGCUGCUAAAUCCAGGGAUUUGGAUAUUCACACAGAUUCGGCGAAAGCUCUGGCGGACUCUCUGAAUGAAGCCACUCUGGAGGACUUUCCUUACUUCAACACGCUGCUGCGCAUCCUGGCCACCCGCUGCAUGAUGCAGGCCGUCUACUUCUGCUCGGGGAUGGACAGCGACUUCCACCACUACGGCCUGGCCUCGCCCAUCUACACACACUUCACCUCGCCCAUCAGGAGGUACUCUGAUAUCAUUGUUCAUCGGCUGCUGGCUGUGGCCAUCAGCGCAGACAGCACCUACCCGGACCUGAUGGACAAACACAAGCAGGCCUCUCUGUGCAACAACCUCAACUACAGACACAAGAUGGCCCAGUACGCCCAGAGAGCCUCGGUGGCCUUCCACACACAGCUUUUCUUCAAGAACAGAGGAAUCCUAAAUGAAGAAGGCUUCAUUCUCUUCGUGAGGAAGAACGCCAUCAUCAUCCUCAUCCCCAAGUUUGGCCUGGAGGGAACGGUGUUCUUCGAGAACAAAGACAAACCUGGACCACGACUCAACUUCGACACUGAGGGACCAACACUGACCGUGGAGGAUCAGCACACCUUCCACAUAUUUGACAAAGUGAAAGUGACCAUCAGUCUGGACGCCUCCAAUAUCCAGCACCAGAAGAUCAGGAUGGCCCUGGUGGAGCCAGUGAUCCCUGGUGUCAGUGUGGCGUUACCAGAACCAGGACCAGAAGCAAAGAAACCCAAACUGGAUCGCUGAGCUCAGCAGAAGCUGUCCGACACUGCCAUCUUAGUUUCUUUUAUUUUAAUGUUCAUUUUUAGAGAAUGAAUGUAAAUAUUCUUUUGAAUUUGUGGCUAUAGCUUGUCUAAACUAUGGGGACUGUUGUUAAAUAUCAAUUACGGAUGUUUUUGUGACUUCCUAAAAGCUUAAGACACAACUCCAGACAUGCAGAAUCUUAAAAUUGUCUUAAAAGUGCAGUCUCAUAUUUUCCUAUGAAAUGCUGCACCUGAAAAACACAAAUGCAGGACUUUGUGCAAAACUAUACAAAAAAAUUAAUCCAUACAUCAUAUAAUAAUGGAGAAACUGCAAUAAAACGAUUUUAAGCUAAAA